GAGCCUGGUGGACGCUGUUAUCUAGCUACACUUCAGACAUUUAACAUGGCAACUACUGGAGAAGCUAUAAAGAAAUGGGAAGCGAAGGACACGGAUAACAAAGCGGAUGUGUCUAAAGAAGUUCUAAUGUAUGGUCAAAUCCCUCCUAUAGAGAAAAUGGACACUUCUCUCUCUGUGCUGACCUGCUGCGAGAAGCUGUCCUUGUCUUCCAACUGCAUUGAGAAUAUAACCAAUCUGGACAGCUUCAAAAACCUGAAGAUACUUUCAUUAGGCAGAAAUAAUAUCAAGUCUCUUGUAGGGGUGGAGGCAGUCCGAGACACUUUGGAGGAGUUGUGGAUUUCAUAUAAUUUAAUAGAAAAACUGACAGGUGUCAACACCUUGCAGAAACUUAAAGUCCUCUCUAUUCGCCACAACCUUGUCAAAGAUUGGGAGCCAAACAGACCCCCGUCCAUUGGCAGAGCUCUGUCUACAGGAACCCCGUUCAACAGCAGCCUCUGGCCCGGUCACGUCUUUGUGGGGUUCCGCUAG